AUGGACUCCGACGCGGUGAACGUGAACGUGACGGUCGAUGACUUCGACUCGGUGCUCUGGUAUCCGAACCAGGGCGAUUGGCAGACGCCAGACCCCUUCUCGGCGGACUACAACGCGGACAGCAAGGAGUGGCUGCGCGGCACGUACCACUACACCGAGACCGAGGGCGCGAGCGUCAGCUUCAACUUCACUGGCCCCACCGUCUGGGUGUUCGGCGCCGCGGGGCCCGACUACGGGGACUACGAAGUGCGCCUGGACCAGGUCGUGCUCCAGCGCUCGGCGCACCAGGACAGCAACGCGACGCUGCCCUACGUGCUCUACAGCGCGCAGAACCUGACGUACGACCACCAUGAGCUCACGCUGUCGAGCCGCGGGAACGGCGGGCUCCUGCUCGACUUCAUCCAGACCACUGUGCAGCUCGCGCCGAAGGGGGCGACGGUGGAGAACCAGACGCUGGAGGAGACGGACGGGCGGAUCAAGUACGAGGGCGAGUGGGGAAACAACCAGUCGGGCAACUUCAGCGGCGGGGGCUCGACGUACACGAACGGCGACGGCGCAUACUUUGAGCUCAACUUCACCGCCUCCGCCAUCUACGUCCUCGGCGACAAGAAGAACGACCACGGGCUCUACGAGGUCACGCUCAGCUCCAACUCCUCCGGCUCGAGCUCGCAGGUGCUGAGCGGCGUCUCCGGCUGCGGCGGCGCGUUCGGUGAGACGUGCGAGCAGCAGCUACCGUCGCUCAAGUACUUCGCGUCCAACCUCGCGAACGAGACGUACACGCUGCGCCUCGCAAACAUCGCGGGCGAGAACAACUCGUACUUUGACCUCGACAGUAUCAUCCUCUCCGUCCCGUCCGAGUACGACCCUCGGAACUUGUCGUCUCACGACUCCAUCCCGACGAGCUCCGGGGCCAGCCCGAGCCAGACAGUGGGCAGCGGCGACAGCAGCAGCGACAACAACAGCGCGCUCGCCCUUCACAACCCUCUCGCUGUACUCGUUCUCUCGAUGCUGUGGCUCGUGCGGCGUUGGUUGUAG